AUGCAGUCUAUACAGGGUCAACAGAGUAUCAUCAGGAAGGUUCGCGAGGUCCUGGAGAAGUACGAGCCGAAGCUCAGCGAGAUCAAUCAAAAGAUUUGGUCCAAUCCUGAGCUCGCCUUCCAAGAACAUAAUGCCCACGACAAUAUCUGCGCAUUCUUCGACUCUCUAGCUGCAGACGGAUAUACAGUAAAGCGUCACGCAUAUGGUGUCGAAACCGCCUUCGAAGUGAGCUACACUCAUGGUCAAGCCGGCCGCAUCGUGGCCUUCAAUGCGGAGUACGAUGCCCUACCGGGUAUGGGACACGCCUGCGGCCACAACUUGAUUGCUACGAGCGCGAUUGCUUCUUGCUUGGCCACCACCGAAGCAAUGAAGAUCCUCUACUCGGACACUGUCGGAUUCACGGUCCGAUUGCUGGGUACUCCAGCCGAAGAAGGGGGUGGUGGAAAGCUACAACUUAUCGACGCAGGCGCGUACAAGGAUGUUGAUGCCUGUUUCAUGGUCCACCCUUUCCCUAUUCUAGCUGGCGCACCGGAACUAUUGAGUUCCGGCUCAGAUUCCACUCAAUACCUUGCAAAUAAUAAGGUCGAAGUUACCUAUACGGGUAAACCGGCACAUGCGUCUGCGGCACCGUGGGAAGGGGUGAACGCCUUGGAUGCCGUUGUCUCGGCCUAUGUGAACAUCUCCAUGCUGCGACAGCAGAUUCUUCCUACGCAGAAGAUCCAUGGUGUUGUCUUGAGAGGCGGGGAGAGGCCGAAUGUUAUCCCUGCUUCUACUACUGUUGAGUAUUAUGUUCGAUCGCCGACAAAGAAGACGCUCGAUCCAUUGACUGAACGGGUGAUAAAGUGUUUUGACGCUGCUGCCGCUGCUACUGGAUGUGAUGUAGAGUAUAAGUGGGAGCCUUCAUAUUUGGAUAUGAAGGUUAACAAGCCUAUUUGUGAUAGCUAUACCUCUGCUAUGAAUGCCAUGGGGUACAAGACUAUAUCCGAUGCAGCAGGUCAGAAGGGUGGAUUGAGUGGAGGAUCUACUGACAUGGGUAAUGUAUCCUACGAGGUCCCUGGAUUCCACGGAGGAUUCUAUAUUAAAACCGAUGGAGUCAACCACACCCCACAAUUUACCGCAGGUGCAGGCUCCGAGGAAGGAUUUCAGCGCAGUCUGUAUUGUGCUGCUGGUAUGGCUGUAGUGGGAUGCCGCUUGUUGGCUGAUGAUGGGUUCGCAAAGGCUGUCAAGGCGGACUUCGAGAAAGCUGCCUAG